GUCAAAAGCCCACCUCUGAAGCACCUGGAAGUCGCAUACUCCAUCACUCAUACAAGGACUCGACGUUUCACAGAAAUUGCUAGAACUGUCUUGUGACUUCGUUGAAUCUUCACUUUCCUCUCUCCUUUCACCACUCAAUUCUCCAAGGCUCUCACGACUGCCACCGCAAGCUCGAUCAUGGGUAUAGAGCAGGAUCUCAAGAUUGACCCCCCGUGUCACCCUCGCGCGUGUGCAAUACAAGUUUGCAUACAGAAAAACGGUUUCGACGAAAGCAAAUGCCAGAAGCAGAUCGAUGCUUUGUACGAGUGCUGCAAUGCCUUCUACGAGAAGAAUGGUGAUAACGCAUCGACCGUAAGUUGUCCGAAGGCUGGUCUUUUAAGGUAAGAACUCUCGACGACUUCUUUUCUCACAAGGUUCCCUCUGUUGACUGUCCGUUGCUUUCAGACUGAAGAUGAGACAGCGCGCACAGGGUGUCAAGUGAACGCGUGCUGCACUUAUCGUUUGAACUCACGAAGAUUUUGUAUAUACAAG